UAAACAAAAUAUCAGUAGAAUGAAUCAGCUGUGUAAUCUAAGUAGAAGAGAUCCGUACUGAGUUGUCAUGCUUCAUAAAUAACAAAUAAUUACAGAGUGAAUGUGUCGUGUUUACAAAAUCAACAAAUUGAAACAAAAACAAACCAUGUUAUAACGUAAAACAGAGGAAGUGAGAAAGAAAUGGCUACACCAACAAAUGAACGUGAAAAAUUUACGGAAAAAUUGUUGAAAGAAUGGGAACAUAUUGAAGAUGAAGUGUUAAUAAAAGAGGUUGCAACAAAAGGAAAAUAUAUCAAUUUAUUGUUACAAUUUUUGGUGCGACGCAGUGGAAAGCCAUUGACCGAUGUCAAACAAUAUUUUAACGAUGAAGUUGACAAAUAUGUACAUCGUUUGCUCACCAAUCGACAAGUGCAUAAGGCCGAAUUGGUAUUGAAAAAUGUGGGCCGGCAACCGCAAGCGCUUUUCUAUGAAUUUGUUCAAAGUACAUCACAGGAGCAUAUCGAUGACGAUAUAAAAGAUCGUGUUUUAGAACAUUUACAACAUUGUAACAACAAUUUCGAUGUGAUACGCGAAGAAUACGAUUAUUAUUUGCUUGUGUUGCGUUUGGCACAAUCGAAUAAAACACUACGGCGUCAAUUUGAAGAUGAAAUUCAUGUGUUUACGCUGGAAUCAUUGCUGCGAAAAAGUGUGGAAUUUCGAAAAUUAAUGGCCGUCACAACGUGUUUACACUGUAAAAAUGCAAUUCUUGUGGAAAAACUUGACAAACAUAUUACAUGGACGUAUCUAUGGCGUUCCGAACAAUUUCAAUACAUUGCCAAUUGGUUGAAUUUAUUGUAUGCCAACAAAUGCAAUUUGGUUACUGAUGGCAGCCAAAAGGAGCCACGUUUUGAUGUUGCCCUGAAGAGUUUAUUUUCAUCAUGGGAAAUUGAACCGGAUAUGUUUGCAAGUGUUCAAAAUCAUCCACAAUUAGAUGAAUACAUAUUGAAUAGUUUUGCACAGAAUGGCAUGAUCGUGAACAAUGAAAAAGAUUCAAUAUUAACAAUUUUACAGCGGAUAUUUACUACACGAUCAUUUGAUACGAAUGCCAAUUGGCUUAUGGUCGAUGAAAAUCUACAGAAAAUCAUAAGACUGAUCUGUGGCCAAGAAAAUUUGGUGCUGCUACUUUAUGAUAUUUUUAGUGUGGAAUUGAUUGAAAAAAUUGCACCCGAAUUUCGUAAAAUUAAAGAUGAGAUUGAUCUGUGUUUGACGAUUAAGCAAGAAGAUUUUGAAACGAAAACCUCGAUGGCCAUUGUUUCGGAAAAAUGCUCCGAAUAUAUUAUUAAAACAUCGGAUGUGGAUUUUUACUCAAAAUUUCCGCAUAUCUACUUAAUGGAGCAACUGUUAAAAGAUAAAUCGCCAAUGGAUUUGGCCCAAUCAAAAGGAAGUUGUGAAAUUCUCGGAAAAAUUUCGGUCAUCGAUUUAUUUUUACGGAAGUUGAGUUCAACGCCCAUCGUAAAUGACUAUGAAACCACAUUGGAUGAAAUGCUGCAGCUAAAAAAUAUCGAUCUGAAAGUGAUCAAAGCUGAAAUCUGUGAAGCGAAUAAUGACAAUGCAACCAAUGCAACUAAUACUGAAUUGAUAUCAUUUUCAAAUCAAAUUUUAAAUAAAAAAUAUGGCCAAUCAACCGUUUUAAAUUACACACACUAUGUAAAGCAAUAUCGUAGCGCGUAUGCGGUUUAUAAAUUUUUUGUUGAUCAACUAAACACAUAUUCGCAAAUAUCGCAUGCACAAAUUCAAAUAGCAUGCGGAGCAGUGUGUGAAAUUGCCGUUAAUAAUUUCGAUGAUAAUGAACUGAUUGCACAUUGUGUGGCAUUCAAUGAAAUGCUUGGCAUAAAUUCACAAAUUUUACGAGCGUACAUCAAAUGCUGUCGAAUUAUCAAAGAAAAUUCGAUUGACAAUUUUAAGCAUGGCAUUUGCUUCGGCGAAGAUCUUGUACUCAAACAAUGUGAACAAAUUAUUUUGAAACAAAUCAAAAACGGUGAAAAUUCGAACGAACUAUUUGAUGCACAUAAAUUGGAACCAUUACGAAUUUUGUAUGGUGCACGAAAUAGCGAUUUACCAUUGUCAUUUCUCAAAGAAGCCGCCCGACGAUCAAAUUGGUUUCAAUUUUUAUUGUUUGCAGCCUAUCACAAUUAUUCGAUACGAUCGAUUGUUGAUGUGUGUCAAAUGGAUUGCUUUGCAAAUCGAAACAUUGGAUUGAACAUUGGACGAGCACUCAAAGAAAUUAUUGUCGAUGCCGAAAUGUCACGGAGAACAAACAGUUUUUCGUAUCGCGAACAUAAACGAAAAUUGUAUGGUAAAAACGAUGCCACCAGUCAUUUGCUUAACGCAAAUCAUAGACAAAUUUCAAACUCAGUGAAUUACAUAGAAAAAAUAUCGCCGGCCAAAUUGUUGUCGUGUCAACAAUUUUUAAACAUCAACGAUGAUAUGGAUAUAUUUGCUGUGAUUUUAAUUUGUACCUGUGAAAUGCAAUUACCGCAAGAGCCCGAACUGAAUCUCAAUAUGAUUAGAGAAUUUAUGAAGAAUCCCGACACACAUCAACCGUGUACGCAUUUAAAUUUAAUACGUUAUGCAUUCAAAAUGAAAUGGCCAAUUUUGAGUGUGUUAGCAGCAACGGUGAACGCAACGGUUGUGGAUUAUUGUUGGAUCAUCUGGUUAAUAAUAUCGACUGAAUUGUCAUCGAUACCAAUUGAAAUAGAAACAUAUGCCAAACUUGCACAGUACAUCAUAACACAUACGGUGCAAGGGAAUUAUGUGCGAACAUUGAAUCAAAGUUUUGAAAUUUUUUAUCCAAACAGUAAAUUUGCCUUAUUCACAUUAUUUCUAUCGAAAACGAGUCUAUAUCAUUUUGUGCCCGAAACAAGUGCAUUACUUACGGAAUUUUUGUAUGAAUUAGACGAAGGAAUGGUUUCGAUAAAUGGCUUAGUGCCAAUGGCAUCCGAUGAAAUGUUGCGAUUCAUCACUUCGUUGCUGGUUGCAUAUGUGAAACGAAGCUUUGAUUCGAUGGAGCAUUGUCAACAGUUACUGGAUACAAUAAGCGCAUCGGGCAUCGGCAAUCAUGUUGAUGUAAUUGAUUUUGGUAUGAUUGCGGCCAUCAAUCGAAUUAUUUGUUUUACAAAAGUUCGUCUUAAUAUUGAUGAAAUGUUGUGUCGUGCUACGUCCGAUACGAAUGGUGUUUGCAUCGCCGUUGAAUGUGAAACUGAUAUGGAAACAUCAACGCUUUUACAAAACGAAUAUAUUCGAAUUUCCGACGAGUUAAUUGCUGAAAAGCAAUUUGCAUGCGCAUUAGAAAUGGCCGACUUAUUGAAUCUCUCCAAAGAUACCAUCAUCUAUGAGCAAUGGAUCUAUCAAUUUGAAAAUGAUCAACAUUUUAACAUUGAGAAUUGUGAUCGUGGUAUUAUACAGCAUUCCAUUUCACCAUUAGUGCUAGUGAAUUUUUUGCUAUACGUAUCGGCCAAAUUGGAUUACACCGAAAUCAAAAAAUAUUUGGUGCUAAAGAAAAUUUUAAAUGCAAUCAAACAACAUCAUCUCUAUCCCAAUGAAGUGAUACCACGUGAUCGCAUCGAAUACGAAAUGUACAAAUGUGUAUUAAAAAAUGAUACGCGCAUCGAUGACAUUGAAAUGUAUAAUUCAGAGUAUUUUGAAACGAUUAUGAUGGCGGAGCGUGGUGUUUUGUUCAAACCAUUUUUGGAUCUAAAAGAUUUGGCCGGCGUUGAUCAAUUAACAAUUUUUGCAAAAGAUCCGCUGAAAAAACAAGAAAUCGAGCGACUUAAUCAGUUAAUGAAUCGACUGCUGGAACAAGGUGAUGUUGUUCAAGCGCUUCGUUUACAAGGCAUAUUCAGUCAUCGUACAAUUGAUUUACAUUAUUUAGUAUUUUGCAUGGCAUUGGCAGAAAGUUUGGCCAGUUUAUAUGAUUUGUCUUCGGAACAGAAGCAAAUGCUAAAUGAUGGUCUUAAGCAUGCGGCAUCGAAAUUCAAUCGGCGAACCCUUCGAUUGAAACGAUUGAAUACGUCGUACAGUACGAGUGCAUCUUCGUCACCAGCUGGUAAAACUUAUCUUGAUUCAGAAUCGGCACGCGUCGAUUUUGAAGAAAUUCCACCCAGCGAAAAACAAGAUCUUUUGGACGCAAUUCAGAGUCUUGCAUCACGAGUUAAAUAUGGCUUCAAAUUGGUUCAACGUAUUGCAAUGGUCUUUCGGGCUGCUAUGCAUUUGGAAAAAGAAUAUAUGGAUGUGUUACAAACAAAAGAAGCUCAUGUUUUACUUCAAAGUGCUAUCGAUAAUCCAUGUGUAAAUCGUUUACUCGUAAUUAGCGACAUCAUGACAUCAAUGCAAAUGACAUCGCAUGAAAUAGCCAAUUUUAUCGCUGAACAAAUCGCACGUGCAAUAAUCAAAUGUCGAUUUUAUACGCUUCAAAAUUCAACAUCACAAUCGUUUGGUCAAAAUUUCCUAUGGGAAUUUGAUUUGGAUAAGGAUUUUCAUUUAUUUUUGGAACUGUGUCCAUGCACAUCAUUGUUGGGUCACAUUUUGCUGCGAUAUUGUGAUGCGCUAAAAAUCUAUCGUCAAUUCGACUCGUUAAAAAAUACGGAAUACGAUUUGAAUGCAUAUGCAAAUGCUGAUGAAUUGCGUGAAAUUUUGAACAAUCUUCGAACAAUUAUGGAGAGUCAAGUUUUGUCAAUGAAAAAGCAAAACACAAUUACCGUUGAACUUUUGAUCAAAGCACAUGAAUGCUUUGUACAUGAAUGUUCAAUGGAAGGUAUUGCAUUCGUGUUACAACGUUGUAAAGCGAUCACAGCAGCACUAACCGCCGCCAAAUCAUGGCUAUUAAUUGUAAAACUAUUGAUUGGAGUUGGUCGAUAUCGUGACAUGUACUAUUGCUUCGAAAUACUCAUAAAAAAUGAACAAUUUGAAUGUUUACUUGGACAAUUUGGCGAAGAGAGUGGAUUUAAAGAUGCAAUAAUAUCAUAUUUAAAAGAACAUCAUCCAGAUGACAAGGAAAACUAUCGAUUGGCCGCUUUACAUUUUCAAAUGUUCCAAGAGUUGGCACAACUUAACGAAUCCGAAGCACGACAGAUCAUUGACAAUGAACUGAAAAAAUACGAAAAACGCUCCGAAGACGAAAUUUCCGCCGCAUCGUUGAAUCUAUCAAAAUAUUCGACCGAUCAAUUGACCAGUGCCAGCACCAGUACGCUUAACGUUAACCCAAAUAUGAAUGCAUCUAUAGCGGCCGGUGUAACAUUUUUGGUGUGUUCAAAACCGCUGGUCGAUUCAUUAACUACGGCUAUGGAUGCAUAUUCGCAUGCAACCGAAAAUAGUUUGUGGGAUAAUAAACUUGGUUUGGCACAACGAACUGCCUCAAAUGCUGAAUUAGUUGCGAUGCAAAUUCAUUUGGUACGUGACGCUCUUGAUAAUUCCAAAUUGACUUGUAUCUGCGUGUUAAAUAUUCGUGGUGAAAAUGCUUUUCGCUAUCUGGUCAAUAAUGAUCUGAACAUUCCUCAAUCGUUGAUACUCAGCCGCGCUUAUCCGUAUGAAAUUACAUGGACCGAAGCGAUAUUUAAUCAAUUUGUGCUACAAGGCAAAGACGACUAUAUUAUAGAGUUUUGCGUUCGAUUUGAACUGACCGACGAUAUGAUUGAACAUUUGGUUAAGAAUUUCUUACAAACACAAUCAAAUGCCACGCCAAAAAUGGAAAAGGCGAUUUCAACAAUUAUUGAAUUGGUGCAAAGUGUUACAUUACGUUAUAAAUUGGCCUCGUUGCUCAGUGACAAACGAACUAUUGCAACGCUUAUCAACGGCGAUUGUUUGUAUUAUCUGAAAGACACCAAUUAUGGGCGCAACGAAACUUUAUAAAAAUGAAACUUAAACGCUUGCAAAACACGACUUUUU